GAAACCCAAAAAUAUGCGCUUUGAUAUGCGCGCUGGACUUGAAUUCCAAACACCGACAGCAUAGGUGCUGAGUGUGUUUUACGAAAAGAUGAGGGCUGUACCGACAUGGGUAGAUAAAGUUCAAGACAAGGAUAAGAUAGAACAAUGUGUAUGGAGUGUAUGUUUCAAGUCCGAUGGCAGUCAGCUGGUAGUAGCAGCGGGAAACCGUGUGUUAGUUUAUGAUGCCAACGAUGGUACAAUGAUCCAGCCUCUCAAGGGGCACAAGGACACUGUUUACUGUGUUGCAUAUGCUAAAGAUGGAAAACGCUUUGCCUCAGGAUCAGCUGACAAGAGUGUCAUCAUCUGGACAAGUAAACUAGAGGGCAUUCUUAAAUACACACACAAUGAUGCUAUCCAGUGUAUGUCAUACAAUCCAGUGACUCACCAGCUUGCCAGUUGUGCAGUCAGUGAUUUUGGUCUGUGGUCUCCGGAGCAGAAGUCUGUGUCCAAGCAUAAAGUGAGCAGUCGCGUGACCUGCUGCAGCUGGACCAAUGAUGGACAGUACCUCGCCCUGGGCUUGUACAAUGGCCUGGUCAGCAUCAGGAACAAGGGAGGAGAGGAAAAAGUGAAGAUUGAAAGACCCGGAGCUAACAUUGCCCCUGUGUGGUCUCUGUCCUGGAACCCCAGUAGGGAUGAGUCCUAUGACGUUCUGGCAAUAGCUGACUGGGGACAGAGGCUGUCCUUUUACCAGCUAUCAGGCAAACAGAUCGGCAAGGACCGCACCCUUGGCUAUGACCCCACCUGUGUCAGUUGGUUCUCCAGGGGGGAGUAUGUGGUGGUCGGGGGGUCAAGCAAACAGUGCUGUCUUCACACCAAGGAGGGGGUCAAGCUUGGGGUCAUCGGAGAUCAGACAUCGUGGGUCUGGUGUGCUGCUGUCAGACCGGAUUCCAAUUAUGUUGUUGUAGGGUGUCAGGAUGGUACUAUCGCCUACUAUCAGCUCAUCUUCAGCACAGUGCAUGGUCUGUACAAGGACAGGUAUGCCUACAGAGACAACAUGACCGAUGUCAUCAUCCAGCAUCUCAUCACGGACCAGAAAGCCCUGAAUGGUUAUGGGAUGCACUUUCAGUGUGUUGUCCGCAUCAAGUGCCGUGACCUUGUGAAGAAGAUUGCCAUCUACAGGCACAGGCUGGCCGUUCAGCUACCAGACCGGAUCGUCAUCUACGAGCUGUACACAGAUGACUCGGCGGACAUGCACUACCGCGUUAAGGAGAAGAUCAACAAGAAGCUGGACUGUAACCUGCUGGUGGUGUGCUCACAGAACAUCAUCCUCUGUCAGGAGAAGAAGCUGCAGUGUCUCUCCUUCCAGGGGGUGAAGGAGAAGGAGUGGGUGAUGGAGUCCCUCAUCAGGUACAUCAAGGUCAUCGGGGGACCCUCAGGAAGAGAGGGACUGCUGGUCGGACUCAAGAAUGGACAGAUCAUGAAGAUCUUUGUGGACAACCCGUUCCCCAUCCAGCUGCUGAAGCAGUCGACCUCGGUGAGAUGUCUGGACCUCAGCUGCAGCCGCGCCAGACUGGCUGUCGUGGAUGAAAACAACACCUGUCUUGUGUAUGACGUUGGUUCAAAGGAACUUCUCUUCCAGGAACCAAAUGCGAACAGUGUAGCCUGGAACACCCAUUAUGAGGACAUGUUGUGUUUCUCUGGCAACGGCAUGCUCAACAUCAAGGCCAGCAACUUCCCGUUGCAUCAGCAGAAACUGCAGGGUUUUGUUGUGGGGUUCAGUGGCUCAAAGAUAUUCUGCCUCCAUGUGUACGCCAUGUCCUCGGUAGAUGUCCCUCAGUCUGCACCCAUGUACCAGUAUCUCGAGAAGAAGAUGUUCAAGGACGCCUACCGGGUGGCAUGUCUAGGGGUCACUGAGGGAGACUGGGAGGCUCUUGCUCAUGAUGCUCUUGAAGGACUGGACUUCGACACUGCCAAGAAAGCCUUCAUCAGGAUACGAGACCUGAGAUACCUGGAGCUGAUUCACAACAUUGAGGAACGAAAGAAGCGAGGUGAGACUGACAACAUGGUGUUCAUGGCUGACGUGUACGGCUACCAGGGCAAGUUUGGAGAUGCCUCCAAGUUAUACAAGAAAUCAGGCCAGGAACAGAAGGCCCUUAGCAUGUACACCGAUCUCCGCAUGUUUGACCAGGCAAAGGAGUACAUCGGGUCAGGGGACCCCCAUGACAAGAAGCUCCUCAUCUCCAAGCAGGCUGACUGGGCCAAGAGCAGCAACGAGCCCCGGGCGGCAGCCGAGAUGUACAUCAGUGCUGGGGAGAAUCUCAAGGCUAUUGAGAUCAUCGGGGAACAUGGAUGGGCUGAUAUGAUGAUUGACAUGGCGCGGAAACUUGACAAGGCUGAUCGUGAGGCUCUCGGUCGAUGUGCCCACCACCUGGGCCGCAUGGAGGAGUAUGGCCUCGCUGCUGAGGUCUACAGCAAGAUGGGGGAUGUGAAGGCUUUGAUAGCAAUGCGCGUUGAGGCCAAGCACUGGGAUGAUGCCUUCACCUUGGUGGAGAAGCACCCAGAGUAUCGGGAGGACGUCUAUGUGCCGUAUGCCCAGUGGCUGGCUGAGAAUGACAGGUUCGAGGAGGCCCAGCAAGCAUUCCACAAGGCGGGUCUGCAGGCUGAAGCAGUGAAGGUGUUGGAGCAGCUGACGCUGAACGCUGUGGUGGAGUGCCGCUUCAGUGAUGCUGGCUACUACUUCUGGAAACUCUCCAUCCAGUGUCUGGACAUUGCCAGAGAGGACAAGGAUCGCAAAGAUGAGAUGUUGGAAAAGUUUUUUGACUUCCAGAAGAGGGCAGAGAUCUACUACAUCUAUCAUACAAUACACCGACAUGUGGUGGAACCCUUCACGUCCGUGCUCCCCGAGGGGCUGUUCAACAUGUCCCGCUUCCUGCUCCACCGGCUGCCCAAGGCAAACGACAUCCCACACGGAGUGUCUAAAGCUUCGGCUCUGUACACCCUGGCCAAGCAGAGCAAGAACCUUGGAGCCUACAAGCUGGCCCGUCAUGCGUACGAGAGUCUGCAGACUCUGAGAAUACCGCAACGAUUCCAGGAGAACGUUGACGUGGGCAGCAUCACCAUCAGAGCCAAACCUUUCAUGGACGCUGAUGAGUUACUUCCCCUUUGCUAUCGCUGCUCGACCACCAACCCCCUCCUCAACAACAGUGGCAAUCAGUGCGUCAACUGUAAACAGCCAUGUGUCAACUCCUUCGUCAACUUUGAGGUGUUGCCCCUGGUGGAGUUUGUCAUCGAGGAUGGGAUAACGGACGAGGAAGCAGUCCACAUCCUGGAUAUGUCCAUACCCAAACAGAAGAAGGACAGCCGGGGAAACUGGAAUGAGUCUCGCAUGGGCAACAUGCAGUCACUGAGACUUGGUGAUGAGGCUGAUGAGGAGGAGGACCCCUUCACAGCCAGACUCAAGACAUACGAUGAUGGAUCGAAUGAGUUCCACCCGGUGGUAGUGAACAGAUCUAUCCUGCAGUCCAUGACACGGUCCGAGGUGUAUGUGUUGAAGUGGCCCAAACCGCUGCGCUACCAGUUCUUCAGGUCACUGCUGCUGGACGUCACCAUUACGUUAUGUCCGUCCUGCAACAGGUUAUUCCACACUGAUGACUUUGAGCAGCAGUAUCUGCAGAAGGGGUUCUGUCCCUUCUGCCGCACCCAGCUGGAAGACUGAAGACAUUGUGUAGCAUACUGCCAGAAACCCAGCAACAGAGAAACACCUACCGUCCAUAUCAGUGUUGAGAUGUACUGUGCAGUCACUGGCAUGGCAAGAAACAUUUAGCCAGUUUUGGAGUCUGUCUUUCAGCAGGAUGGGUAACUAUUAGCAAUAGUUACCUUUUACUGAUAAGAAGUUGAAAUAGAUCAAGAGAUCAGGAUGAAUUUUCAACAUUGUUUUAUCAUAUGUCAGUGUUGACACUCUCUGAGAUCUGAUUGUAAUGUUUAAUCUGUGUUCUCAGGAUUUGGCGAAAACUUUGCUCUCAAUGCGAUUGAGUACUAAACAUAUCUGAAUGGAAUCUUGUCAAAAUGUAAGUUUACAUUUCAGUGUGUAACUGUACCAACCCUCUAGACCCUUAAACGACAUAUUGUAUGUUAGUGUGGGGCUGUUGGUAACAGCAGUGUCUUAGGGCCUGGGUCUUGCACAAAGCAGUCUCAUAGCCAAGUCAAGGAGUUCGGUGUCAUUGGGAUAGGAUUGUUUUCUGUAAUUUGUUGCUGGACCAUAUUCAAGAAAAUAAUCUUGGUACUACCAUUUUUAUAACCCCAAUACUUCAACAUGCAAUAUGUCCCUUGCACAAGAGGUUUUGAAAUAUGGAUCUGUGGAAAUCCCACCCUAAUUAGGCAAUAGUUAGUUUGUAAAGUAACAAUUGUAGGAGUAGGGCAAUGAAAUUGUCUCAACAAACUAUUGACAAUCCAUGCUGUAAGCUGGCAGUUAUUCCAGAGACCAGAAUCAAGGUGUGUGUUCAGACCUACCUGGACCGACUUGCUCAAAUGGAUCUCAGUGUUAAGACUACUGUAUCUCUAUUCUUUAACAUAGGCUCCAUGACAAUCUUUGGUCUUAGUUAGGGGACCAUAGAAAAGUUACUUACAGAUUGGCUUAGAAGUGCGUAAGGGACACUUAUUGGAGCAGGGCAUGUAAUAGGUUAAACAAGAUACUGGAAAUUGUAAUUGUUCUGAACAUGCUGAUGUCUUGAAAACAAUGUGUUGUGAAAAAGUUUAAAAAGUCUUGUAGAAAUUUUUAAAAAUAUCCUGUC